AUGUCUUCAGAUCCUCACAAUCUCACUGCAGCGAGCGAGGCCACAAACACCGCGGUGUCUCAGUUGGCCGACCAAGCUCUCAACAAGCAUAUCAACCAUGCAAAAGAUGCAACCGAGCUGCCACGCUCUCUGGCCACAACGCCAACUUCCAAGUCAACACCCAAGUCAAAACAGAACGAAACUCCCGAAUUCACAAGCGUGACAACCUCACUCGCAACAGAACGCGAAGACCUCAUCGCAGCGCUGAAACUAAUCGCCGAAUCCAUCGCCCAACAGCGCCAAACCGCCGCCCGAUCAAUCCUCCACCACUGGCUCAGCUGGAUCACAAUGGGAACGAUCCUCUCUGCCAUCGUCUUCGUCAUGUACAACAGCCCCUCAGACUACGGGCGUAUAAUCCUAACCAGCACAGGCGCCCUAAUGACCUUCCUCCUCCUCACCAGAAUCUCCGUCGCGGGAUAUCUCGACCUCGCCGAAGAAACAGGGACAUGGAAAUGGCUGUACGGGCCAGACACGAGCUUGAAUAUCCGCUGCGCAGAAAAGUGGCGCAACUACACCCUUCUCAAGAGCCACCAGGUCGACUUCGAGCGCGCGUACGACAUUGUCCUUGUGGCGCGAUACCAGAAUGCCAUUGUCGCCACGCUUGUCAUGAGAGUCGUGCGGUGUGAUGAGCCCGCUCCGGCGUCAGAGCUGACCUGCACCCCGGUGCAGGGCCUAGCGGGACAGAAGCACGCGGCGUUUAUUCGCGCGUUGACUGUUGCGUAUCGGUAUCGGUAUCUUGGGAUUGGGGGGCGCUGCUUCGUGUGGCGGUUAUGA